CCGGCCCGGUUACCAUUGGUAACCGCGUCGUUCAGCCGGCAUGGCGUCUCCUCUGGAGCGGGAGGCGGCCGAGUACCUGGCGGAACAUCAGAUCCUGGAGCUGCUCGACAACCUGACCAGCUUGUUGCUGUACCAGCGGCCGGCCAAGCCAUUGGAGUUUUUAAUAGGUCAACUGGAAAAACUGAAUGUCGCCAGGCAGACUGAAAAGGACUACCCUUGCUUGUUUGAUGAGUCAAAUUUAGAUACUGUGUUUGGGAUUUUGGACACUACAAGACAAGGGCAUAUAACUUUGAGGCAGUACAGAGAAGCUUUGAAAACCAUGGGAGUAAAGGAUUUUGUAAUGGAGCCAUUGGGUGCCCUUGAUAAUAAGAUCACUCUGGCAACAUUCAAAAAAGAGGCGAAAGCUGGAUUAAUGAAGACUUGUGCCACGUUCAAAACUUGAUAAAGUUGUGCAGCUUCUUUGUCUCCAUUAACUUCUUGUAGUCUUACCAGUAACUAUUUGGAUAAUAGCAACAGACAUUCAGCUCAACAUAUUUAGUGUAUAAUUGACUGAGGCGGAUAACUUUUGCUACUUGUGUAAGCUUGAAAAAAUAAUUAUCACCUUGACUUUAAAA